UCAGGUACCUAUAUUUACACGGAAUCAUCCCGACCAAGAGCAGCCGGUGACAGAGCCAAGUUAAAGAGUAAGCUACAGACCAGUCUCAAUGGUAACACGUGUUUCGGGUUUUAUUAUUAUAUGUUCGGUAAAGAUAUGGGCAGUCUGUCGGUAUAUGUGGUGACGGAGACUAAUGAACGGUACAAUUUGUGGAAGUUGGAGGACGAACAGGGUGAUCAGUGGUUCCACGCCCAGCUAGUCAUCCCCGUACAAAUCAAUACUAAAUAUAAUAUCUAUGUAGAUGCUGUUAGAGGUAAAGAUGUUCUGAGUGAUAUCGCCAUAGACAAUCUAGAAUUAACAGAAGGU